AUGUUAAUCAUUCGAGGGCAUUAUAAACAUAACAAAACCAUAUAUUGUAAAUGUGACAACACGAAAACGGAAAAGAAAAGAAGUGAUGGUCAGGGAGUUCAUGAUCAUCAAGAAGUGGAUUAUGUGGGCAAAGUGGGAAUAGUGAAAAUUGUCUUAAAUGAAGGAAAAAAAAAAAACAACAAGAGACCACCGAAAGGAAUCGAUUUUACUGAAACGAAUGAAUUCGAAGAAACAGACGACUUUGUACCAAAUGGAAAUGAUAGAAUAUUGGAUGCCAAAGAAAAUGAUAUAAUUCAUUUUAAAUUUAAACCGAAUCAAGAACCUACAAUAGAGGGAUGUGAAAAUAUUAUUAACAUGAAGUAUGGAUUUCUACAAAAGUAUGUGUUAAGUCUCCGAUUUCCUACGGUGUUCCUAUCCACGGAACAAUGUUCUAUUACUAUUAAGACGGUUACAGGAACACCACCAACCGGACAGACGAUGAAGAUUGUCAUGAAGUUUCAAAAGACAGAAAGCAUAGAUGGAUGUGAUUUUACCAAACCGACCGGAGAAGGAGAUUAUCAACAUGGCUUUCCCUUAGUAGAUAUUCAAUCCAAGGAAAAAAUAUGUUCUAUACAUAUCAAAUCAAGAAGUAACAGUAGCAGCAGCCACAGCGGGGACAAGGGGGAGGGUAGCAAAAUUGCUGCAGGGAUAAAGUGCCCUUAUAAAUUAACCCCGACUUAUUGCUUUAGACAUGUUCUACAUGAAAAGAACAUGAAAGGCGUGAAAGAUUAUCAACCCUUUUUGAUGACUGAUGUGUUAGGAACAACCGAUGUAGAGUUUUACAGCAAUGUAAAAGAAGGAUCUUAUAUCAUUGGACUGCCAACGGGGAUACAGAAAUAUUCGAUGGUGCGAUGUCUUUGUGAGUAUAAUGGAAAGACAGGAAUUAUGGAACUUAAAAUAGAUUCUUCCUCCAGAUGGACAUUCCUUAGCCGAACAUUAAUGCUACUCUCCCUCCUCAUGGUUCUUCUAUAA